AUCGAAAAUGGCCGCACCGAUUCUUCGGCUGCUCGCUCUCCUCCCGGCCUCGCUCUGCUUCCAGCUGGCUCCGCAGCAGCGCAGCCUCGGACCGGCCUGGGCGCCUCGGGCCGGCGCCGCGCUCGCGCAGGCGGAGGCCGACCCGGGCGGCGGCGACGACGACGGGCUCUCGCUCGGUGAUGAGCUCGCUUCGCAGCUGCGGCAGGCGCUCGGCUCGAUGGAGAAGGAGGAGCUCCGUGCGAGUGACGAGCGCGUGCUCGACUCGAUGGUCGACGAGCGCAAGCAGGCCUUCAACGCCGUUCAGGGCGACCUCGCCGACGCGGCCUCAAAGCUACAGGACGAGCUCGAAUCGCGCCUCGAGGCGGAGCUCACUUCAGUCAAGGCCGAGGCCAUGGCCAAGAUCGACGCCGCCGUCGAUAAGCUGCGAGCGAGCGCCGCCGCCGCCGAGCCCGCCGCCGCCGCCGCCGCCGCCGCCGCCGCCGCCGCCGCAUCCCGCGACUCGGAGCUGGACUUUGCGGACCCUCGGCGCGCGCUGCUGACGCCGGGCUCGCGCAUCGCCGUCGUCGGCGCCGAGUCCGAGCUCGGUGCGGCCCUCUGCGACGCGCUCGCCGCCUCCGGCGAGGGGUGGGAGGUGGCGGCUCUGUGCACGGAGCCGGAGGGCGGCGCGGCGGCCGCACUCGGCGUCGAGGUCCGCCCGUUCUCGCCCUUCACGCCGAGCGCGCUGGCUCGCUCGCUCUCCGACGCAGACGCCGUCCUCGUCCUCUCGGAAGGGGCGUGCGGCAGCGGCGGCGCCGAGCCCAAGGCGGUCGGCCGGCUGCUCAAGGCACUCCCCGCGCGCACGCGCCGGCUGCUGCUCGUCUCGACGCACGGUGUCGACCGGACAAACGCGCUGCCCUUCUCGAUGGAGAACAUGUUCGGUGGGAAGCUCGACAAGCAGCGCGCGCUGGAGCAGGAGGCGCUGCUCGCCGCCCGGAAGGCCCUCCCCGGCCACUCCAUCGCCCGGUUCGGUAAGCUCAAGCCAUCGCCACGCGCCUCCUCCUCCUCCGCCUCCGCUUCCGCCUCCGCCUCCGCCUCCUCCCCCUCCGUCGAGCUCGCGCCCGGGGACGCGCUGUCGGGCGAGAUGAGCACUGCUGACGCGGCGGCCGUGCUGGUCGAGGCGCUGCGACGGCCCGAGUCGGUCAACGCGACCUUCUCCGCCGCGCCGCGCUCCUCCUCCUCCCCCCCGCCCGCCGCCGCCGCGGGCCUCAACGACGAGUGGCUGAAGCUCGUCGGGCCAGAGAUCUACCGCCGGCCGCUCGAGGCAGUGACGCCGCACGAGGCCGCCUCCUGGCUGCGCGAGUUUGCGCGGCAGCUGCUGCGCCCUGGACAGGGCCUCCCCACGCCGGUGACUGUGGCGGACCUGCCCGAUGGCGUGCUGUUGCGUUUCGUCACGACGGGCUACGGGUACGACUCGUACGAGAAGGAGGAGGCGCGCGGGGCGGAGGAUAAGUGGGCCGAGGGGGGCGAGCGCGCGAGGGGCAAUCCGGACGGCGCACUCCGUCUCCUUGCCGAGUCGGAGCCGUCGGCGCGGCUGCGCGUCGCGCGCGCGGAGAUGGCGCCGGGCACGCUGGUCAAGGAGACGUCGGAGGAGCUGCUGCUGCGCCGGCUCGCCAAGGGGAUCGACGAGCUCGAGGCGGCGGCGCGCCGCUCUCGCUGACCCGCGCGCCUCACGCCCCGGCAGCUUGCGGGGCCGCUCGCCCUGGGUGGUGAAGGCGGCAGCGCCGCUCUGCAGGACCCAACUGUGUGCGGCCGAGCCGCGCGCGCGUCCUGCCAAUCCUCCACACACACCGUGUUCCGUCUCUAGAGUCUCUAGAGUCGCCGAGGUUGUGCCUUGUUUGGUGGAGGCAUCCCGGCCUUUCCGUCGGUGCCACGGUGGGUGGGUCCCGUGCGGCGAAAAGAGAUGUUUCCCCCACAGCCAGAGCC